AUGGAGUCUUCUCCGGUCACUACACGUCCGCUUGUUGAUCAGUACGAGAAUCCUUACUACCUUCACAACUCCGAUCAUGCUGGUUUGGCUCUUGUCACCGAUCGUCUUACUUCUGGAGCUGAGUUUCACGCUUGGCGUCGUUCUGUUCGUAUGGCUCUCAACGUCCGCAACAAAUUGGGAUUCAUCGAUGGUACGAUCUUGAAACCUCCUCCUAAUCAUAAAGAUUCCGGUGCUUGGUCUAGGUGCAAUGAUAUGGUGUCUACCUGGUUGAUGAACUCUGUUUCGAAGAAGAUAGGCCAGAGCUUGCUGUUUAUGUCUAGUGCUGAAAACAUUUGGAAGAAUCUGAUGAUUCGUUUUAAGCAAGAUGAUGCUCCUAGGGUGUUUGAGAUUGAGCAACGUCUAAGUAUAAUUCAGCAAGGCUCUAUGGAUAUCAGCACUUACUACACUGAACUUGUCACACUUUGGGAAGAAUAUCAAAACUAUGUUGAUCUCCCUGUGUGUACUUGUGGUAAGUGUGAGUGCAAUGCGGCUUUGUCUUGGGAAAAGUUGCAGCAGCGAAGCCGUGUUACCAAGUUUCUGAUGGGCUUGAAUGAAGCUUAUGAAGCAACUCGUCGUCACAUCCUCAUGAUGAAGCCUAUUCCUUCAAUGGAAGAAGUGUUCAAUAUGGUAACUCAGGAUGAAAGACAGAAGAGUCUCAAGCCUACAACGCGUGUUGAUAAUGUUGUGUUUCAGAAUUCUACAAAUGAAUCUGAUUCUCAUGUCUACACUGGAUCUUCUGAGAAUGCGGCUUGUGCAGCUGUGAACAAUAACUAUCACUCUCGUCCACGUCCCAUUUGUACACACUGUGGAAUCGCUGGACACAUUGUUCAGAAGUGCUUCAAGCUGCAUGGCUACCCUCCUGGCCAUCGUUUCUAUAACAACAAUAAUUCUCAGAAGAAUGCUCAGUCUGGAUCAACUCAGUCAACUAAGCCUGUGCAGUCAUAUGUGAAGUCUAACAACGUGCCAAUGUCACUGUUGCUUCAUCGACUCUUUCUCCAAUGGCUUUGGACUUGA